AUGAACAUCUUCCAGCACGACAUCCAAAAUGUGAGCCAGGGAAACGUGGUGGCGAUCCUGGGUUCACAGUGGGGAGAUGAAGGGAAGGGAAAAAUCAUCGAUAUCCUGUCCAAGCACUCAGACAUCACGUGUAGGUUUAACGGAGGGGCCAACGCAGGGCACACAAUCUCCGUGAAUGAUAAAAAGUAUGCCUUGCAUUUGUUGCCAUGUGGAAUUCUGUACGAAAAUAAUAUUUGCGUGUUGGGGAACGGAAUGGUGGUACAUGUAAAGUCCCUAAUAAAUGAAAUAAACUCCAUUGGUGGAAAUAUAAUCGAUAGAUUGUACCUGUCGGACAAGUUACACAUUUUAUUUGAUAUUCAUCAGACCAUUGACUCCAUCCAAGAAAACAAAAAACUGAAAGAAGGAAAACAGAUAGGCACUACCAAGAGAGGAAUCGGCCCAUGUUAUUCAACCAAGGUAUCCAGAGUAGGCAUACGACUUGGAUCAUUAAAAAAUUUUGAGCAUUUUAAAAACCUGUACUUAAAACUGAUAGAUAAUUUAAUGGACCUUUACGACAUAACGGAUUACAACAAAGAGGAGGAAUUGGAAUCAUUUUACUCGUACCACUUGUUGUUAAAGGAUAGAAUCAUAGAUGUAAUUUCUUUCAUGAAUAAUCAGCUGAAUGAGAAGAAGAAAAUUUUGAUCGAGGGAGCUAAUGCCGCCAUGCUAGACAUAGACUUUGGUACUUAUCCUUACGUAACGAGUAGCUGCACAACAGUUGGAGGUAUUUUUUCAGGUCUUGGAAUAAAUCACAAGAAGUUAAAUUUGACGAUAGGAGUUGUUAAGAGUUACUUGACGAGGGUUGGCUGUGGCCCCUUUAUGACAGAACUGAAGAACGAAAUUGGGGAUUAUCUACGGGAAAAGGGUUACGAGUAUGGCACCACGACUAAGCGGCCUAGAAGAUGUGGAUGGCUAGACAUACCCAUGUUACUCUACGUCAAAUGCAUUAACUCAAUUGACAUCAUUAACUUGACUAAGUUGGAUGUUCUUUCUGGCCUGAAGGAGAUUUCCCUCUGUGUCGGUUAUCGCAGCAAGGUUACAGGCGAGCUACUGCAAAAGGGGUGCUACCCUGUAGACGAGGACGCACCGGAGAACUACGAACCUGUGUAUGAACAAUUCGAAGGGUGGGAGGAAGACAUAACCAACUGCGAAACGUUUGAAGAACUACCAGAGAAUGCUCGAAAAUACGUCUUGGCGAUAGAAAAAUAUGUGGGCUCUCCCAUCGUGUGGAUUGGAAUCGGAGCCAACCGGAAUAACACCAUUGUUAAGAAGUGA